CUAGCAUAUUUGGACAUGGGUAGCUGGGACAUGUGUUGUGUCUCCAACAAUGCUGACCACCACACAGACCUGAACGGUACGGAGCGGCUGAUCGUCAGGAGAGGCCAGAGCUUCACCAUUAACCUCCACCUGCGAUCGGGAGCGUACGAGGCCGGGAAACACUCCCUUACCCUGGAGGCAGAAACAGGUCCUAGCCCCUCAGAAGAGGACUGCACCAAGGCCGUGUUCUGCGUCAGCGAGGAACCGGACGAGGAGACUUGGAACGCUACGGUCUCCAGCCCUGAUUCCGGAACUCUGGCCCUGCAUGUGUCAGCGGCACCGAACGCUCCCAUUGGCCGGUACUCUCUGACCCUGGAUCAGUUUGGGUACCGCGUGAGCCUUGGGGAUUUCCUGCUGCUUUUCAACGCCUGGUGUCCACGGGAUGCUGUAUUCCUGGAUGACGAGGAGGCUCGUAAGGAGUAUGUGCUGUCCCAGGACGGUAUCAUUUUUAGGGGUACCUACAAAUACCCCAUCCCCAGCGCAUGGGAAUAUGGACAGCAUAGGAACUAUCACUGCUGGGUGGAGUCUUGGAUGAAGAGGACUGACCUGCCUACUGGUUAUGACGGGUGGCAAGCCAGCGACUCCACACCCCAGGAGAGGAGCGAGAAUGUGUUCUGCUGUGGUCCAGUUCCACUGAAGGCAAUAAAGGAAGGGCAGCUGGACAAGAAAUAUGAUGCCCCAUUCGUGUUCGCCGAGGUGAAUGCUGAUGUGAAGACCUUCAUGCGUCGUCCUGACGGCUCCACUGAUGAGGUGAUCAGCUCAGCUUUCAUUGGCCAGCGCAUCUCCACCAAGAGUGUGGCCAGCGACCUGAGAGAAGACAUCACACACCUCUACAAAUACCCUGAAGGUUCUCAGGAGGAGCGAGAUUCCUUCAAGAGAGCAGAGCACCUGAACAAACUGCAGCAGGACAAAGAAGUCGGGCUGGACGUCAAAAUCAAAGUGAGUAAGGAGAUGCGUAAAGGCUGCGACUUUGACGUGUUUGCCAUCGUCAAGAACAACACGUCCAUGGAGAAGAAGUGCCGCCUCAUCUUCGCCUCGCGCGCCGCCUCCUACAGCGGCAUUCUGGGAAAAGACUGCGGAUACAAGGACCUGUUGAACAUCGAGCUGCCACCAGGCGGAGAGCGUACCGUUCCCUUACGUCUUAACUACAGCAAGUACUGUAACUCCCUGAUGGAGGACAACUUGAUCCGACUGCUGGCCCUCCUGGUUGACCGCGGAACCGGAGACAUGAUCCUCACCAUCCGGAACAUCGUACUGGAGAACCCACAGAUACAGAUUCGGGUUCUGGGCGAACCCAAGGUGAAUCGUAAGCUGGCUGCGGAGGUGACGCUGAAGAAUCCGCUGCCUGAACCCCUCACUGGAUGCUGCUUCAGACUGGAGGGGGCCAACCUGACUGGAGGAACCACCAUCACUGAGAGGCUGCCGUCGGUGGUGGAGGCUGGGCAGGAAGCGAAGGUGAAGGUCUACUUCACUCCAACACACUGGGGCCUCCGGAAGCUCCUGGUCGAGUUUGACAGUGACAAACUGGGACACGUGCAAGGAUACAGGAACGUCAUCAUCGGGAAAUAACACAAACAAACAUGCGAGCGAGCACACACACACACACACACACACACACACACACCCACACACACACACACACACACACACACACACACACACACACACACACACACACACACACACACACACACACACACACACACACACACACACACACACACAGGCCUUUAGACCUGUAGCAUAGGUCAUCACGUUUGGUAGAUAGAGAUGCCACCUGCGUUAACUAGUCUCACCCCAAGUAGUCAAUAUCUGACUGCCUUUGACCAGACUGCUAUUUUUGACAUCUGAGAUAUGCCUUUGGAGUCAAAAUAUGACUUUGUCCUCAAAGGUGCCCCCUUGUGGCAUCAUAACGUCAUUGAGGCUAGGCUUAGGAAUAGGUUUUGGUUAAGUACAUAGUCAACAUGAGACAUGGGAGGAAUACCCAAGACGUCAAAAAUUGCAGUCUAGUCAGAGGUAGUCUGAAAUUGACUACUUGGGUUGAGACUGUGUUGGCCUUAAACAUUAGCAGAGCACUUCAAUAUGCAUACAGUAGUUUUGGUUUUCUUUCUUUCAAUGUUUUUUUUUGUUUAGUAAAUUGACCCAUAGUUUUCAUAUAUAAAGGAACAAAGAAAGAAUGUGAAAAUAAGUGAGUAUAAACCUUCUGUCUUAGCUUUUCAGUUCCUCAUGAAUAUAUUUUCAUUCUUAAGUCAUAUUUGUUAAGUUUCUUUUUAAACUGCGUAACAUGAAAUGUCAACCCCAUCAGUCACCUUUUGAGCACCGACUUGGUAUAUUAGCUGACUCUACAUUUAAAGCAACACUAAGUGAGUGUCCUCUUUUAGUUGCUCCACAGCCUGAAGGUGGAAUUGCCACUCAUGGAGAAAUGUAGAGUGAUGUCCUACUCCUCUCAACUUCCUUCACACUGUAACAGUAAACUCCCCUUUUGAGUACAGACUUAGUUAAAA